AUGGGUAAUGUUUGUCUAUUGUACCAUUGCACCCCAAGAAGUUGCUUUUUCCGAACUUCUACUGGAUACUCCACGUAUGUAUUUUAUGGGAAUGUAUCUUCACAGGAGCGGCUGGCAAACGUCCUCGUCCCCACUGAACGUUCGGUGACUCACACAAAACCGUCUUUUCGCAAAACUCCGUCCAGCGGGCACUUAUCCAAAGCUUCAGUUGCACAAAGAACAACUGCCAUUGCUCUCUUCGUCUGCAACAUGCUUUGUUUAUCUGUCUUUGUGCUGGUCAUCUGCAUUUUCCAUUUCUGCCACCGGUUCUCCUCACGUCAUCCAGAUGAUGGCAGAGACUCACGUGGUGUACCGGUACCAAAUAAUCCCAUAGUUUGCUUACUUCCUCUUUGUGGUGAUCUGCUACCUAUCUGUGAUCCUUCAUGUACUGCCUUUUCUGCACACAUUUCCUCGAGAUGUGCCCAUUUACUCUCCGGUGACGGUGCUUUUGCAUUUUCAGCUCUUUCGAUUAUUUGCGUAGUUUUUUGUGUUUGGUCUCAAAUUCUAACUUGUUCUAUCACUCAGUUCUUCUUGUUUCAGUACACGCUUAGGGGUCUAUGGACAGAUUAUUCGUUCGGUUGA